UGCUAGGCUCCGCCCCCGGGAGAUCCGCUAAACUCUGGCUCUCCCGGGGCGGUGUCACUGGUCUGCUCCCCAGAGGCAGCAGUGGAGCAGGGACUAUGGUGCUCGUGACGCUGUGCUUGAUGCUGCUGCUCCUGGCGGGGGACUUCGCAGCCUCUGAGGAGCAACCAGAUGGUGGACAUAGACCAGCAAACUGUGAACGGUACCAGAUACGAGGGUGUCCUAGGCACUUGCGCCCCGUGUGUGGGAGCGACUUAAAUACCUAUAGCAAUGAGUGUCUCCUGUGCCAGAAGAUCAGGGUGAUUGGGCAGGACCUUGAAGUCAUCCGAGAGGGGCCAUGCUGAAGACUGCACCCAAGAGACAGAGAUACAAGCCCUCCUGCAAAAAGACCCCUCUCCAGUGUUGCUUUGGGUGAAAUUUGUUAGCCCACAUAAUGAAGACGAGGCAUGGAGAGUUUUGGAGAAAAGAAUCCUUGUUUUUCCCUUUUGUUCUGUAGUUCAGCUUGUGCAUUGCUUUAUUUAGUUGGAAUAAAAUCAGCAUUGAAUUCA